AUGAUCUCCCCAACUCCCACUCCAGCUACACCCCCAGCUACACCUCCAGCCCCAACCCAACCCAUCCCCACAAGCCCACGGGCACACGUCAAAUACAUGCUCUCGGGCUUACGCCGUACUCGGAAAGGCAGUGCGCCAUGCGAAGCUCCUGGUCUUGCUUCUGCCUCUGCUUCUGCUUCUGCCUCUGCUUCUGCUUCUGCUUCUGCUUCGGUAUCUGGAUGUGGAUGUGGAUGUGGAUGUGGAUGCUCGGACAGCGCAGCAGCGGAGGGCAUGAAGACUCUGAAGAACAACAAAGAAUCGCCAUCUCAGUCUCCGUCUGAAUCUCAUUCUCAGUCUCAGUCUCAGUCUCAGGACGAGGUCAAGGUCAAGGUCAAAGAAGAGGAUAGGAUCGCGGAGGAAGCUGAUGAGGAAGCUGAUGAGAAGGUCGAGCAGAGGGAUGUUGUGGGUUACCUGGCUGUCUUGUAA